UCGGGUCACCUGACGCGCCGGACUCUGUAUAAUAAAGUGAUCAGCUGACAGACCGCAUUGCAGAGACCUCGUCUAGCAGGAUCUGGCGGAGCGAAGAUCAACGAAAAGCUGUUACUCGCGCGAAAAAUGUCGCUUCUCGCCCUCAUUUUCGUCUCCACAGCUGUGGCCACCCCCCUCCUGGGCACUGAGCAGUGUGCGCAGGGCCCCCCUUACUGGUGCCAAAAUGUGAAAACUGCCUCGGUCUGCAAUGCUGUCACUCACUGUCUGCAGAAUGUGUGGAACAAGCCACAAGGGAACUCUGUGGCAUGUGACCUGUGCAAGGAGGUGUUAACUGUGGUGGGCCAACUGCUGAAGGACAAUGCAACCCAGUCUGAAAUCUUGAGCUACUUGGAGAAGGCCUGCCAGUUGUUGCCUGACCCGAAUUUGUCAUCUCAAUGCAAAGAACUGGUGGACAGCUACUACCCUGUCCUGAUUGGCAUCAUCAAUGGAGAAUUGAACAAUCCUGGUGCGGCAUGUGCUGCCUUGGGCCUGUGUAGCUCCCAGCAGAAGGUACUGGCUGAGUCGCAGCUGCUGUCGAACGAGAUCCCCCAAGUUGAUGCUCCAGAGGGUCUGUCCCCCUUUCUUCUAAAUGUCCCACAGCUGCUAUAUCCUCAGGAGAGCCCUGAACAGGAGACUCCUAAGGAGGUGAAUGGAGAUGUGUGCGAAAGCUGUGUGAAGUUCAUCACUGAUGCUCAGGAGCAGGCCAAGGCCAACAGCUCCUUCAUAGACUCCCUCAUUGCUCAGAUUGAAAAGCAGUGUGAUCUGCUGGGGCCUGGGAUCUCAGACAUGUGCAAGCAGUAUGUUGGUACAUACGGACCUCUAGUUAUCCAGCAGCUGAUGUCCAUGGAUCAGCAACCGAGGGAUAUAUGUUGCCGUGCUGGCUUCUGCUCAUCUGCCCCAAUGGAAGUGCUGGUGGCAGCUAAGCUUGUUCCUGCUAAAAUGUUUCCUGCGCUCAAGAUGGAGGAACCUACAGAGGUGAAGCCUCUGGCCCUCAAGCCUUCUAAGAAGAUGGUGCGUGCCCGUGAAUCACCCCAGUGUGUCGUCUGUGAGUUUGUAAUGAAGGAGUUGGAAAGCCUGGUGGAGAACCCAAAGGAGGAGGAAGCUGUUGUUCAUGCUGUGGAGAAAGUAUGCUCUCUUCUUCCCUCCACCCUGAAGUCCCAGUGCAAGGACUUGAUUGAUGCUUAUGGCCAGGCGAUCAUUGAGCUCCUGGUCCAGGAAGCUGACCCUAAGACCAUCUGCACUGUGCUGGGUCUCUGCAAGGGUGCUAACCGUGCAUUCAUCCCGGAGAUGGACAAGGCUCAGUUUGAAGCUGGAGGCUUUUGUGAGGUCUGCAAGAUGGCAGUGCGUUACAUUGAUGGAUUUCUGGAGCAGAACGCUACAGAGGCAGAAAUUGAGGAUGCUGUGAAGAAGGUGUGCAACUUCCUGCCAGAUUCAUACAAGGAAGAGUGUGAUCAGCUGAUUGAACAGUAUGGGCCAGUCAUGGUGCAGUUGCUCCUACAGAUGAUGGACCCAGACUUUGUUUGCAUGAAAGUGGGUGCAUGUCCAGGUGUACUGAAGAAGCUUCUGGGUACUGAACAGUGUAGCUGGGGCCCAUCUUUCUGGUGCACAAACAUGGACACAGCCUCACGGUGCAAUGCUGUGGAGCACUGCAAACGCCAUGUGUGGAACUAGGAGUGAUGGAAAGUCCCAUCGUAGGACAGGAGGAACUGCUGUAGAUGUGCUUUCUUACUUUGGUUCUUCAAUGAUUUUGAUUUUUGUUCAAGUGGGUUCCUCUGGGGAACAAAAGGGAUCUAGUCAUUAAAGGUUUCUUUUUGUGGGGAUUGCUGACAGGGAUGGGGGAGAGUAAAGAUCAGCUUCCUUUGUAGGGGUCUUGGUUCUUGCAGGAGGUCUGUGUGGAUUGAAGAAACUUUCUGGCCAGUGUGUGUUCAGUAAUUUUUUUUUCCUAAUAACUAAUGAGCCACUGUCUCCAUGAAUGUCCUACCUUUUCUGCUGAGCUGAUGUUCUGUUUAUUGAUCAGUCUUCUAGGAUUCUUUGUGUGUAGUGGCUGGUUUUAAUGAAUUGAUAAGUCAGAGCUGUCAUUUAACUCCAUUAAAGGUAAGUGAUCUUA